AUGAGCGUCAAACUUCUGCUUUCCAAGUCCACGGUAUCAGAAACGCCGCUGCCUUACACGGCAUCGCCAUCGAGGUUGAUGUGGGAGGAUAUCUGCCUCUUCUUCCGACGCGCAUGGUAUUUACCGGGUGUUAUUCUGCCUUUGACGCCUUGCAACUCCGGUGAUUUAGAUGAGUUGUACCCGUCGUUGAGCAACAUCGCCAACCUAGGGUUUCACGCUCUUCUUAGCUUGCUCCAGAUACUCUUUUUGUUGUCGAUACCAGCCUUGAUUAUCUGCAUGAUUCCGGCCUUCUGGGUAUUUGCCUACAUAGGUGGUAUCAUAUGGGCAAAUAAGGUACUUUGUGAUCGCGUUGUCAAUCGAAGGCCGAGUAUUCUGGUGUCGAGAUACCCUGAGGUGGAAGCUCCGGAGCAUAAGCAUGAGCAUUGGGUCUUCGUUAAUGGCAUCGCUUGUGGGCAGACAUGGCUGCAAAAUAAUAUAGAUCGCCUGGGUUAUACAUUCGGAAGGAAAAUAACUGGUGUGCAUAAUCCGUCGACCGGUCUUGUUUUCGAUGUCAUCCAGUGUUUAAUUCAGAGGGACCUCUCUUAUGCAACCCAAGAUGUCAGGGAUGCAUAUGUUAUUCUCCGAGCUGCUUUGCUAAAUCCCAGAUACACAAAGGUGGUCCUAAUAGGACACAGUCAAGGAGGUAUCGAGGCAGGUCUAAUCACAGACUGGUUGCUAGACGAAAUACCUCAAGGCCAUCUCCGCAAACUUGAGGUCUUUACAUUCGGCAAUGCUGCCAACCACUUCAACAACCCUUACAGGACCCGAGUAGAUGGUCAAAAGAAUAUGUCCCGCUUGACAACCACGCAAAAUAAACAACUCAAUGAGAAACAUGACAACACCAUUCUGCAUAUCGAGCAUUACGCCAACUCGAGAGAUUUUGUCAGUCUCUGGGGAGUAUUGAAUUUCACGAAUAUAAGAAACCGGUUCAUGGGCCAGGUCUUCGUUCGGCCGGGUUCUGGCCAUAUGUUCAACCAACAUUAUCUUGGUACUAUGUUUCCACUUGGCCCGGACCGUAAAGUUCUGGAUUCGAAUCCCUUCAUGGAUACGGAAAUAGAUGUCCCAGGCCCUAAUCCCGAUGGCUCAAACAUUCCACUUCGCAUGAAAGUCAAAGAUCUUAGUCGAUUAUGGUCAUAUCGAAACGGCGGCUCCCCGGAGGAAUGA